AUUACAAACUUUUAACACGCAAACUUUCUCAUUUCGAUCCUUUAACACUGAAGGUUCCACUGAAGGAUGUUGUCUGCUAUUUAUCACUACUGGAAGCCGGACGUCCAGAAGAUAAACUUGAAUUUAUGUUUCGCUUGUACGACACAGAUGGAAAUGGUGUCCUGGAUACCGCUGAAAUGGAUGCGAUUGUAAAUCAAAUGAUGUCUGUGGCGGAGUAUCUCGGCUGGGAUGUUAGUGAACUAAGACCGAUUUUGCAGGAGAUGAUGAUAGAAAUUGACUAUGAUGCCGAUGGCACUGUUUCCUUGGAAGAGUGGCAACGUGGCGGCCUGACAACGAUACCGCUUCUCGUCCUACUCGGUAUCGACAAUACGGCUCUUAAGGAAGAUGGCAUCCAUGUGUGGCGUUUGAAGCACUUCAGUAAGCCGGCAUAUUGCAACUUAUGCCUGAAUAUGCUGGUCGGGCUUGGCAAAAAAGGUCUUUGCUGUGUGUUAUGUAAAUACACGGUGCAUGAACGCUGCGUGCAGCAUGCGCCCGCCUCCUGCAUUACAACGUAUGUAAAAUCGAAGAAAACCAAAGGGGGUGGAGAUCUACUACAUCAUUGGGUUGAAGGCAAUUGCUACGGACGCUGCUCAAAAUGUCGAAAACGAAUUAAGGCAUAUCAUGGUAUUACUGGUCUGACAUGCCGUUGGUGCCAUAUGAUGUUACACAAUCGUUGCGCUUCAUCAGUGAAAAAAGAAUGUACAUUGGGUGAAUAUGGAGAAUUAAUGGUGCCACCCACCGCCAUAUGCCCAGCAGUAUUGGAUCGACAACGUUCAGUUAAUCAAGCGAGCAAAGCCACACAUUUUCAAAUAACCCCACCAAAUGAUAUAAGUUGCCCUCUACUCGUUUUCGUUAAUCCAAAAAGUGGCGGACGUCAAGGUGAUCGGAUACUGAGAAAAUUUCAGUACAUGCUCAAUCCAAGACAGGUUUAUGAUUUGUCAAAGGGUGGACCAAAAGAAGGACUGACACUGUUCAAGGAUUUGCCAAACUUCAAAGUGAUCUGUUGCGGUGGUGACGGUACAGUGGGGUGGGUGCUCGAGGCGAUGGAUUCCAUCGAUUUGGCGACGCAACCCGCUGUUGGCGUAAUCCCACUGGGAACGGGUAACGACUUAGCACGUUGCUUACGCUGGGGCGGAGGUUACGAAGGCGAAAACAUACCAAAACUGAUGGAUAAGAUAAAGCGUUCCUCAACUGUAAUGCUGGAUCGUUGGAGUAUUGAAGUUACAAACGCACCAAUGGAGGAAAUACCGAAACCAAGAGUCACACUACAUUCGAAUAUGCAAAAAGUCUUUGAAUUAUCGCAAAGUGUUGUCGUUGAAAAAUCCUUGAUUGAGAGAUUUGAAGAAAUUCAUCGCAGCACAAGUGCAACAAUAAACGGUGGCAAAAUAGCCAGUAGCGAUGGCAUGAAUAAUGCAACUGCGGCAGCCUCAACUACAUCCAUGAAUUCUACCAUAACAACAGCAACCGAAUAUGCCAGAAAUGCCAUCAACAACUGCAAUCGAACUACAAAAAGCAUAUCAAUGUCGACAUUUGAAACAAAACGCAUACAAAAAACAUUAACAACACUAAGUAACAGCAGCAACAGCAGCUGCAGCAGCACAAGUACAAAUUUGAAACAGCAACAAGAAAAACAUGAACAGCAAAUGUCACCUACAGAUGUUGCACCUAAGCACACACAGCGGCAAUGCGAUGCUGUUAAUUUUGCAGAUAGAGAUAUUGUCGAUGCAAGUGCGGAUACGGAAAUGAAGGCAAAUAUAAACGCGGAUGCUGAUGGUGAUGCUGAUAAACGCAAUUUCAACAGCAACAAUUGCAACGAUAAUCACAUAAAUAUUGAGAAUAGCACCACUGAUGAUGUACAACGUAUUGCUUUGUCUUUGAAUUUAACAAAAGUUGAUGACAUAUCAGUCAAAGCAACAGAAUUAACCCCGAGUGAAACAUCUAUAAGUCCAUUAUCUCCAAUAAUAAUGUUUCCAACACCAACCGAUGUCAGAACAUCAACUGACAUAAUACCAGCAACAGAAAUUACCACUGCUGCUACUACUGUCGCUUUCUGUUUAGGCGAUAAUAAUGGCAACAACAGUGCCGAGGCAACCGAUGGCAAACCGUCACCGAGCUGUUCACCUUCGACCAGCAAGACAUUCAACAUUCCUAUACAGAAACCAGCAACUGUUAAAGUGCAAUCAGACAAGGACUGCACUGUGCCCUACAAUAUCAUCAAUAAUUACUUUUCAGUCGGUGUGGAUGCGGCCAUCUGUGUUAAAUUUCAUUUAGAGCGUGAGAAAAAUCCACACAAAUUCAAUAGUCGGAUGAAGAACAAACUGUGGUACUUUGAGUAUGCCACCUCGGAAACAUUUGCAGCUUCCUGUAAGAAUCUUCAUGAAAAUAUUGAAAUUGUGUGCGAUGGCGUUUCAUUAGAUUUAGCAAAUGGACCUCAUUUACAAGGAGUAGCACUGCUGAACAUUCCUUACACUCAUGGUGGUUCCAAUCUAUGGGGAGAGCAUUUAUCACAGAAACGCAUGCGCAAAAGUUCUGGACCAUUUCGUAAAGGACUAAAAUUAAAAUCAUCUGAUAAAGAGCUAUCAGCAACAAGUUUUAAUUCAGUGGACCUAUCCGUUGCUACUCAAGAUUUUGGUGAUCGAUUGAUUGAAGUUAUUGGGUUAGAAAAUUGCUUACACAUGGGACAAGUGCGUACCGGCUUACGUGCCUCUGGACGUCGUUUGGCGCAAUGCAGUGAAGUUGUUAUUAAAACAAAACGAACCUUUCCUAUGCAAAUCGAUGGUGAACCUUGGAUGCAAUUACCAUGCACGAUAAAAGUUACACAUAAAAAUCAAGUUCCUAUGCUGAUGGCACCACGUUCCGAGAAGGGCAAAGGAUUUUUCAAUUUACUUUGUAGCUGAUUUCGGCGUAGUGCCUCCGCCAAUUUCGCUACAAGUGAACAACACCAACAUUAAAAAAUCACCGUCCAAAAAUUAUUUUAGAAAAUUAUUAGGCAAAUAUUUAGUAAAACAUUAGGAAAUUAAG